AUGAAAACAACUGUUGAUAUCUAUAAUGAUAAUGACAUAUGGGAUGAUCCUGAUUUAGAUUUUGUUCCUAUUGAAUACACAACACCGAAUGUUUUAAAUAAUUUUACUACUUCUACUACUCUAAUUGAUCAUGUCGAUUUUAUUAAUGAAAUAUCUCCUAGUAGUACAAUUGUUGAUGGUUUAGCUACUCUACAACCAAAUUUAACAUUAAAUUGGUGGGAAUCGAAUGAUACUUUACUUUCGUCAUCUUUUAUAUCUUCAACAGUUCUGUCAUCAACUUUAGAAACAGAUAAAAGUGAUGCAAUAAUACUUAAUACAACUUCAAUACCAGCGAUUACACGAUUUGAACAUUUAUUAGAUGAUGAUGGUGAUGAUGAUGAUGAUGAUGAUGAUAUUGAAAAUGAUAGUGAAGAGAUCGAUGAAAUCGAUGAAGAGUUAUUUACAUCUAGUACAGAUUUAAAUUCUGAUAUAGAUGUAGAUAUAAAUGAUAAUAGCUUUUCUCCUACAUUAACAACAACAUCCGUUAUUGAUUUUAUUUAUAAUUAUAGAAACAAUAACAAUAAUACUCAACCAUUUGAUCCAUUUGAUUUUUAUAAUGAAACAAAAGAUCAUUUGUUAGAACAUAUGAAACCAUUAUCAACAGUUCUUGUGCCACCAUUAUUAUGGGUGUUGAAUAUGGUAACGCCAAGUAAAAGUCAAUUUUUGAAUACGACAAUAGCAAGCAAAAAGCAAAAUGAAGAAACAAUGCAUCAUACAACAAGUAAAACAUCAGAUAUAUUUUAUGAAUAUUGUAAAAAUAAACAAUGUUAUCAUGGUGGACGCUUAAAUUCUGAUUGUCUAUGUAUUUGUCUACCUGCUUUUACAGGAGAUAACUGUGAAACAGUACUUUGUGAACAAGAACCAACACAUAUCUGUGCUUUUAUACUUGAACAUGAAUGUCAGACUGAUUAUAUUCAAUAUUUAUGUCCCAAAUUCUGUCAGAUGAAUAAUUGUUCUUCGCUUGAAAUGUGA